CUCGGUUUCCGUGAUGUGGACCAAGGACUUCGAUCAGAUGUCGAUAAUAUUUUUAACAUUGGUUCUAUGUGUAAAGGGUUUACAGUACUAGCCAUUGCUUGUCUGGUUACGGAUGGGGAGGUUCACUGGGAUGACCGUGCUGAUACUUUUCUCGUCGACCUUUGUUACACCAACGUUGGUAAUUCUACCAUUCGGGACUUGCUUAGCCAUCGGAUCGGCCUUUUUAGUUCGGAUGCACUCUUCAUUGGACCAAAUAAUUAGCUGCUCCUGUCCAAAACCCAAGGCACCACCUUACUUGCGUGACUCGAUAUAAGCCGCCCACCACGUCAAGACUUCAUUUACAACAACUUUGGUUAUCAUGCGGUGGGGUGUAUCAUUGAGAAAAUCUCAGGCAUAAGCUAUGGUGAAUUUCUCGCCAAUCGUAUCCUCAAGCCUUUGAAUAUGACUUGGACAUUUACAGAGCAACCUUCAAGGAUGGAUGGGAACAUCUCAGUAGCUUAUCUUGCCUACCACGAUUUGAAGCUACGCGAGGUUCCCAGUCCUCGUAUCUCAAGUGAUACCGUUGCGUUUUCCGCAGGCGGCAUUCGAAGUUGUAUGCGGGAUCUCCUUGUGUUUUAUGGUUCUCUUCUACGAGCAAUUGCUACAUCGACCAGGAUUGAGGAGCACAGCAUUAAUGUUGAAGAGCUUCGUACUAUCUUUGACGCUUCUAUUCCUCUCAAGGCCUCCAAGGCUCUUCGCGAGCAGUCCUACGGUAUGGGCUGGGGGAGCACCCAGCUCCCGAACCAAGUCAGUGAGAUCACCAGCAACUCGGGAAUAUUAGACACAUAUCCUACAAUUGGAGGCUUGGUCAACUGACCUUUUUUACUUCACCACGCCGGCAAUAAUACUGGCUGCUCUUCCACAGUAUACCUG